AUUGUGGUUACACAUACACACACACACUAUCAGACAUACAGAAAAAAUAGGUGAAAAUUGCCUACCCAUUGAAAAGUGAAAGUGCAACAGCAAGACCGAUAUACAAAAACGAAGGGCGAGAUGUGGUGAUUGUGGAGGAUGACCACUGAGGCGGAAUGAAAAUUGAAAUAAACUAAAAGUGAAUGAAUAAUUGAAUGCGAAAUAUAAAUAAAGAAAUUUACCGGUUUCAAUUAAUCGGUGGUUGUUUCGUACCCUUUCUCUCUCUCUUAAUGAGUGGGUAUGUGCAUACAUACAUGUGUGGGAAAGAGAGUUAAAGAGACGUGUAUGCGAGUGUGUAUGUGUGGGUUGCAAUUUAAUUUAAUACAAAAAAAAAGGAAGUGAGAUUAAAAAGGGGUUAACUGUCAUCCCUGUUACUUGAAUCUAUUCACUUUUACUCCAGCUGCUUCUAGCGAACCCAAAACAAAAUAAACGGAACUCCCGCUUCGGCAUCAUGACCGAUAAAUAUGAUGGCAAUGGUGAUUUUUCAACCUAUGCUCCCAUUGAGGACCAGGAUCAAGACUAUAAGCCACGAAAAGGCACUAGUGGACCACACAAUGGCGAUAGUUCGGGACACGAUCACCAUGGCGUUAGCGGUGGAGGCGCUGAUGCUAGUAAUGCUCAAAUAAAUGAGAAGGCCAAUGAGUACAUACGGGAUUGCAUGGCUGAAAGAAAUCGCAUGGAUAGGAAAUUCCCAAUUGCUGAGAAGCUUAUUGAAGGCGAGAUUGAGAAAGUCCAGACCACCGGAAAGAUACCAUCGAGGGACCAAAAAUAUGCCGAUAUUUAUCGAGAGAAGCCUUUACGCAUUUCCCAACGUGUCCUGGUGCCCAUUCGAGAACAUCCGAAAUUUAAUUUUGUCGGCAAAUUGCUGGGACCAAAGGGUAACUCGUUGAGGAGGCUGCAAGAGGAGACUCUCUGCAAGAUGACCGUAUUGGGUAGAAAUUCUAUGCGAGAUCGCAUAAAAGAGGAGGAGCUGCGCAGCUCCAAAGAUCCCAAGUAUGCCCAUUUGAAUAGUGACCUUCAUGUGGAGAUAUCGACAAUAGCACCGCCCGCAGAGGCAUAUGCUCGCAUUGCCUACGCCAUGGCAGAGUUACGAAAAUAUCUAAUACCCGACAGCAACGAUAUUAUACGGCAGGAGCAGUUGCGGGAACUAAUGGACAACACUUCGCUAAACGAUAAUGAAGUUAAGCAAGGAUUUAAGAAGGUGCAACAUAUUUCCGGGAUUGGAGGUGGCGCUAGUAGUAUGGGUGCCGUUGCUGCAGCCGGAGCUGGCGCUGGAAGUGGUCCAAAAAAUUCCACUCAUCACAGUUAUAGAGGUAAUCAAGCAACAUCAUUCAGUAAAAAUGUCCUGGCACCCAAGCAAAAGGUCAUGUCCAUAUUAGAAAAAGCUCGAACGGCCAUGGAUGAGACAUAUGGACGCUACGAUGAUGGGUCGCCCUAUGAUCAGCACCAACCCUACGAUGGCUACUCCUAUGCAGCAUCUCAUGGCCAUGGUCCACCAACGGGCAUUUUGGGCGGUGUUGGCAACCUAACCAAUCAAGGCGGCGGUCUGGGGCGUCACUAUGACGGAGCCGAAUAUGAUCCAGAUUAUGGUCGUAGGGAAUAUUACCAACAUUCACCCAACUAUGCGACAGCUGGCAUUGGCUCACAAUCGAACCCAAAUGGUUCAGGCGGUGGUGUUGGUGUGGGCAAUGCCUCUGGCCUGAAUCCCAGUCACAAUCGCACUCACGCUAAUAGGUGAAACUUGCUGGAGCCCAGCAAAAGUGCCCACGAAGGUCGUGGUCAAACCCACAAAGCAAACGAUAGCCACCACCACAAUGGCAGCAGCAAGAAUGUUAAUACCAAUUACAUCCAUCAAGCCAAUGGCAAUUACAAGCAAAAUCCACUACAACAAGAGCAUCCACUACAGCAAAAACAAAUUCUCCCACCGCAGCAGCUAUCAACCACCCACAAUUACAAUAAUAAUUGCAAUAACAACAACUUUAAUGAUAUGACCAUGACAACAUUUUCAAUAUCUUCGUAUACAAUCAACCAAAUUGAAAGGCAAAAGAUAAAUACCAACAACAACAAGAACAACAAUCACACUUUAGCCAGUACAAACAGUAA